AUGUUUCUCUACAACCUUUCAUUACAAGCACCAACAGCCAUAAACGUGGCUGUGGUGGGUCAUUUUUCUGGUACAAAGCAACAAGAAAUUGUCGUAUCAAGAAUAACUCGGCUAGAACUUUUGCGAGCUGACCAAAACACGGGUAAAAUGCAAGUAUUAUUAACGCAUGACGUGUUUGGUAUAAUAAGAUCUUUGACACCGUUUAGAUUGACUGGUGGAUCAAAAGAUUACAUCAUUGUCGGCUCCGAUUCCGGACGAAUUGUAAUUCUGGAGUAUAAUCCCGCGAGAAAUAAAUUUGAAAAAGUUCAUCAAGAGACAUUCGGAAAGUCUGGUUGUCGGCGUAUUGUUCCUGGACAAUAUUUGGCUGUAGAUCCUAAAGGAAGAUCUGUUAUGAUUGGUGCUAUUGAAAAACAAAAGCUUGUCUACAUUUUGAACCGAGAUUCUGCUGCGAAUCUCACAAUUUCAUCACCACUCGAAGCUCAUAAAUCCCAUACAUUAGUGCAUCAUUGCAUAGGAUUAGAUGUUGGUUAUGAGAAUCCAGUGUUUGCGUGUUUGGAAGUUGAUUAUUCAGAAGCAGAUCUUGAUCCAACAGGAGAAGCUUUUAAUAAUACGGAAAAGAUGUUAACAUAUUACGAACUUGAUCUUGGCCUCAAUCACGUGGUCAGAAAAUGGAUUCCUGGUGGCAAUGAUGGACCCUCCGGAGUAUUAGUCUGCACCGAGAACUUUAUUUCAUACAAACACCAACGUGUCGAAGAACUACGUGUUCCAAUCCCACGACGCAGAAACCCUCUCGAAGAUAAAUCACGUGGACUUAUUAUUGUAGCCGGCGUAAUGCAUAAAAUGAAAGGUGUCUUCUUCUUUUUGCUUCAAAGUGAAGAAGGUGAUAUAUAUAAAGUCACCCUUGAUUAUGAAGACGAUAAGGUGAACGCCAUUAAAAUAAAGUAUUUUGAUUCCGUGCCUGUGGCGGCUUCGUUGUGUAUACUUAGGGCUGGAUUCUUAUUUGUAGCGGCCGAAUUCGGAAAUCAUCGAUUAUAUUCUUUUACAAGUCUCGGUGAUGAUAAUGAUGAACCUGAAUGGUCGAGUGAAGAUUUCAUCGAUGCUGGUCGCGAUAUGGCUCCUGUUUAUUUUACUCCGCGAGAACUGCAAAACUUGGAGCGUGCUGAUGAAUCGGAAAGUUUGAAUCCUUUGAUUGAUGCAAAGGUGUUGAAUCUCACUGACGAUGAUACGCCACAAUUGUAUGCUUUAUGUGGAAGAGGCGCCGGAUCUUCAUUUCGAAUAUUGAAACAUGGAUUAGAGGUAUCAGAAAUGGCGGUAUCCGAGUUGCCUGGCAACCCAAACGCUGUAUGGACAACUAAACUAAGAGCGGAUGAUUUAUUUGAUGCAUAUAUUAUCGUUUCGUUUGUAAACGCUACCUUGGUAUUAUCAAUCGGGGAAACUGUGGAAGAAGUUACUGACACUGGAUUUUUAUCUACAACACCAACAUUGGAUGUUCAUCAAUUGGGUGAUGACGCUUUAUUACAGAUAUACCCACAAGGAAUUCGACAUAUUCGUGCUGAUCGACGUGUAAAUGAAUGGAAAACACCCGGUAACAGAGCUAUUAUCAAAGCAACCACUAAUAAACGACAAGUUGUGAUAGCUCUUACGGGUGGGGAGUUAGUUUAUUUUGAGCUGGAUGCCCAAGGACAAUUAAAUGAAUAUCAAGAUCGUAAAGAGAUGGGCGCAAAUGUUUCUUGUCUGAGUAUCGGUGAAGUUCCCGAAGGAAGACAGCGAUCACGUUUCUUGGCCGUUGGAUGUGAUGAUCAUACUGUCAGAAUACUUUCACUUGAUCCCGACAAUACACUGGAUGUGCUUAGUACACAGGCUCUAAAUGCUCCACCAUAUUCUUUGUCGAUUAUCGAGAUGAUGGAUAUUGGAACAGAUUCGAUACAUGGGACUCUUUACUUAAAUAUCGGAUUACUAAAUGGUGUAUUAUUACGAACGGUAUUAGAUACAGUUACUGGUGAUUUGACAGAUACUCGACAAAGAUUUCUUGGAGCUCGCCCCGUAAAACUAUUUCAAGUGACUAUUCAAGGAAAUCCUGCUGUAUUGGCAUUAUCUAGUCGUCCUUGGCUCAGCUAUACAUUCCAAUCACGUCUUCAUCUUACCCCACUUUCCUACGACUCGCUAGAAUUCGGAUCAAAUUUCACUUCGCCACAAGUGCCCGAAGGAAUAGUCGCCAUCUCAUCAAACACGCUUCGAAUUUUUGCAGUAGAAAAGCUAGGCACUGUCUUUAAUCAGGCUUCCAUCCCGCUUAAAUACACCCCGCGACAUUUUGUUCUACACCUACCCUCGAGGAAUUUUGUUAUUCUUGAGACAGAACAUAAUACAUUUUCUCCCUCGGAAAAAAAGAAAGCGUUGGAUGCGAAAAUUAGUCAGGGAGUUGCUUUUGAUCCGGCUAUUGUAGAUUUACCGCCGGAGAUAUUUGGCUUGCCAAAGUCAGAGCCUGGAAAAUGGGCCUCGUGUAUUAGAGUCUUAAAUCCUUUCAAGGGCAUUACCAUGUCUCUCAUUGAACUUGAAGAAAAUGAAGCGGCUUUCAGUAUUGCUACUGUGAAUUUUCACAAUCAAAAUAAUGAACUAUUUCUUGUAGUUGGCACCGCCAAAGACGCUAAUCUCGCACCAAGAACAUGUUCAUCUGGAUUUUUACAUGUAUACCGUUUUGUAGAUGAAGGAAAUGCGUUAGAAUUAGUGCACAAGACUCCUUGUGAUGAUAUACCAAUGGCAUUACUCGGAUUUCAAGGUAGGCUUCUUGCUGGUGUUGGGAAAGCUCUUAGGAUAUAUGACUUUGGAAAACGCAAGUUAUUGCGUAAGUGUGAAUCAAAGGCCAUCCCUAAUUGUGUUGUUGAUUUACAUACGCAAGGAAAUCGCAUAAUCAUAAGUGAUAUGCAAGAAUCUGUUCAUUAUGCCUCGUAUAGACUACACGAUAACCGCAUUAUUAUAUUUGCUGAUGACACGACGCAACGAUGGAUUACAACCACCACCAUGAUAGACUAUGAUACAUUAGCAAGCGGUGAUAAAUUUGGUAAUUUUUUCGUUGAUCGUUUGCCAUCAGAGACUAGCGAAGAAGUAGACGAGGAUCCUACCGGGAACAAAAUCAUGUACGAGAAAGGAUAUUUAAUGGGUGCUCCACAUAAGGUUGCGUUGAUCGCACACUAUCAUGUUGGAGAUCUUAUAGUGUCUCUUCAUCGAACCACUCUUGUCGCAGGUGGUCGAGAAAUUCUAGUGUAUACAGGCUUGAUGGGGAGUAUAGGUGUCUUUGUCCCAUUUAUAACACGCGAAGAUGUUGAAUUUUUCCAAACUCUGGAAAUGCACAUGCGUAAUGAAGCACCACCUUUAGCGGGUCGUGAUCAUUUGCAGUAUCGAAGCUUUUAUACCCCCGUGAAAAGCGUGAUAGAUGGCGAUUUAUGUGAACAAUAUAAUCUUUUGCCCAUGGAAAAAAAGAAAAUGAUUGCAGCAGAAUUUGAUCGACAACCUUCCGAGAUACAAAAAAAGAUCGAGGAUAUGAGAGUUAUGGCGGCGUUUUGA